AUGACGAAGAAAAGCCUAGUUGACUAUAGCCUGUACCUAGUUACUGAUUCCACGCCUGAGAUUCUCGGUGGUAGGGACAUCUGCCAAGUGGUAGAGGAUGCCAUCGAGGGAGGGGUCACGAUUGUGCAGUAUCGGGACAAGAAGAGCGACACAGCCGUUUUGAUCGAAGUCGCCCAAAAGUUACAUCGUAUUACAAGCAGACACAAUGUUCCGCUGCUCAUCAAUGACCGAGUCGACGUCGCCCUUGCCAUUGGCUGUGAGGGAGUUCAUCUUGGACAAGACGACAUGUGCUUGGUGACGGCCCGAAGACUGCUGGGACAGGAUGCCAUCAUCGGUAUCUCGGCGAGUACGCGGGAGGAGGCUCUGACGGCGUGUAGGGACGGCGCUGACUACUUGGGUAUCGGUGCUGUGUUUUCCACCAACACAAAAACAAACACAAAGCACAUCCUGGGCCCAGUCGGCAUCCAGCACCUCUUGGAGAUCAUGCAUAAGGAAGGCUUUGGCCGCAUGCGGACGGUUGCGAUAGGGGGGAUUAAAGCGACCAAUAUACAAAGAGUCAUCUUCCAGUCCGCCACGCCCGGAAGGAAGGGCCUCGACGGGGUGGCCAUCGUCAGCGCUAUCAUGGCAGCGCCCAGUCCUCGCGAGGCCUCUAAAAACCUGCUCCGGCUUAUCAAGGAGCCCUCUGCGGCACUCAGCAACACCAUACAGGCAAGCGAACCCGGCAACAUUCUCGACCUCGUGCCUGCCAUCAUCAAGGCCGUACACGAUUCCACCCCACUCUCCCACAACAUGACCAAUCUGGUCGUGCAAAACUUCGCCGCUAACGUUGCGCUGGCCAUCGGCGCUUCGCCCAUCAUGGCAAACUAUGGCGAGGAGGCGGUCGACCUGGCCAAGCUGGGUGGCGCCUUGGUCAUCAACAUGGGAACAGUCACGCCCGAAGGGAUAGAAAACUAUGUCAAGGCUCUGAGGGCGUACAAUGCGGCGGAGCGACCCGUUGUUUUGGAUCCAGUGGGAGCCGGAGCCACGACUGUCCGUCGGGAAGCAGUCAAGACCAUCCUCAGCGCCGGCCAUGUCUCGGUGAUCAAGGGCAACGAAGGCGAGAUCGCCGCCGUAAUGGCGUGCACCGCGCCCUUCUCCAACGGCGACACGGGGCCCCAGCAGCGCGGCGUCGACAGCGUCUCCACUCUGCCCGACGACGACGCCCGGGCUCGCCUCGCCGCAAGGCUUGCCGCACAGCAACGCGGUUCUGUCGUCGUCAUGACGGGCCCCACAGACAUCGUGUCCGAUGGGGAGCGCACCUUUGCCAUUGUGCAGCACGGCGACCCCAUCCUGGGCCGUGUUACUGGGACCGGCUGCUGCCUCGGCACCGUUAUCAGUGCCAUGCUCUGUCCCGGCACCCCUGGAAGCACUGACAAACUCGUCGCCGUCGUGGCGGGGAUCCUGCUCUACGAGAUCGCCGCCGAGGUUGCCGCCGGUCGCUGCCAGGGACCCGGUUCGUUUGUGGCUGCAUUCAUCGACGCCUUGGACGAGCUGAGGAGAGCCGCUGCGGGUGGCGACAUCGAGUGGAUGAGCCAUGCCAAAAUCGUCAAGAUGUCAGUAGCGUAG